UACUUGUGCAUAGCUUAGUAGACAGCAGCGCUGGCGCUCAGGCCCCCGCUGCUUUUGGUAGUUCUGACUCUCGCGUGGCACAUGAUGCUCGCGCGUAGCUUCCCCUUGAAGUCGAAGUUCUGCCCUUCUCGUGCCCCGGCUCACCGCUCUCGCUUUACGUCCACCGCGAUGGCCGCACUGAACUAUGCGCGUCCGAUUGAGCUGAACCCGGCGGGAGAGCACAAAUCAACCAUGAUUAUGCUGCACGGGCUUGGUGAUACUGGUGAUGGCUGGAGCGACAUCGGCUACAUGUACAAGUCGUCGCUGCCCAACACCAAGUUCAUUUUUCCGCACGCGCCGCGCCGUCCCAUCACCAUCAACUUCGGCAUGAGCAUGCCGGGAUGGUACGACAUCGCCAGUCUGGAGGAGGUGAACCGCAGCGAGGACGCCGAGGGGCUGCAGGAGAGCAAGCGCUACAUCGAGGAGCUCAUUGCCAAGGAGGUGGCUGCCGGCAUCCCCGCCAGCAAGAUCGUGCUGGGCGGCUUCAGCCAGGGCGGCGCAGUGGCGCUCAUGAUGCUGCGCAGCGCCACGCAGCUGGGCGCCGUGGUGGCGCUGAGCGCGUACGUGCCGCUACACACGCAACAGCCGGUGUUCAGCGAGGCAAACGCCAAGACGCCCAUCCUCAUGUGCCACGGCGACGCAGACCAGACGGUUGCGUUUGCGUUCGGCCAGAAGAGCUACCAGCUGCUGCAGUCGCUGGGCGCCAAUGUGGAGUUCCAGGCCUACGUCGGCAUGGGGCACUCGGCUUGCCAGCGUGAGUUCGACGACGUGCUGGAGUUCGUUAAGCCCGUCUUGGCGGCGUGAGGCCCGUGCUGGCGGCGUGAGGCGUGGCGUGGAGCUAUUGGCGGCGUUGUUGCGGAGUGCGGAGGAGCGUGGCGAGGCGGCGUGAUUGCGGGGUGUAGCGGGUUGAGGAAGCCGUGUGAGCAUGAGUGCGAUGGGGGAAGCUGCGGCCGCAGCGGGCGGAAUGUUGCUGACGGACGAGGGGGGGCAGGAGCGGAGGCGGGUCGUGGGAGUCAGGAGGCCGGCGGCGAGCGGCACACGCAAGGCGGAGCCGCAUGGUGUGGAGCGGCUGUGUAGAGGGCGCGGUCGACGUGUGGGGUGCAUUGACGUCCGGUUGUGGAAGAACUUCAGGAAGUGGAGGACUUGAGGCGGAGAACUUGUCGAGAGCUUAUGCCCCGACUGGGCUGGCUGUAAGUUGGGAGCGUGGGAUGCACGCGCCGACCUUGAGUCUGGGCGCGGUGGUUGUUGGGGGCGAAGCCAUGGGCUAGCCGCUAGCCGCGUCAGAGGAGCCCAGGCGCGCCGCGCUCUCACACAUGGUGAUAUGGGUCGGAGGAUGGCGAGACGGCGAGGCAGAAGUGGAACGCGUACAAAUUUGGGGGUGGUUUACGGCCAGCACUUGGAUUUUGGGAGCUCGCGCGGUUUACGUUUUGCUAGGGUGGGCACAUGGCGACAGGCACCGGCGGGUGGCGCAGCUUUGGCGAGGGUGCGUGCCUGAGAUCGGCUGGGC